GAUGAGGAAGCAGCAGGAGCGAGAGCAGAGGAGGAGGUACGAAGAGAUGGAGCAGCUCCGCCGAGAGGAGGAGAGGAGGCACGCAGAGAGGGAGCAGGAGUACAAGAGGAAGCAGAUCGAGGAGCAGCGGCAGGCGGAGCGGCUGCAGAGGCAGCUGCAGCAGGAGCGAGCGUACCUGGUGUCGCUGCAGCAGCAGCAGCAGGAGCCGCCGCGGCCGCCGCAGGACAAGAAGCAGCUGUACCACUACAAGGACCAGGCGCCCGGCAGCAACGACAAACCCGCCUGGGCUAAAGAGGUAACCUGCGUGACCUGAG